AUGCAGUACACUGCACUUUUCCUGUUAUGUUCUAUAAUUGUGUUUUAUCUUGACAUAAUUGAUUUGUUUUUAGAUAAUGUUCCAUCCACAAGCAGAGACAAUAAUUCUUACAAGACUUUCUUAUCCUUGUUUGAUGAUGAAGAAGAAGAUGAAUGUGAGAAUGGAGCGAUGCACCAAGCAAUCGUUAAUAGUUUAAAAGACUGUUUACCAGAGGAAAGUGCUUCAGUGAUAUUAUCAAAAUAUAUUUCAGAUAAUUUUAAUGAAAAAAAUGAACAUCCUGUAACUGUGACUGUAAAUCGUCAAUCUGUUUACAAGUCGACCCUGCGUGCUAUACAACGGGAUACUUUCUCUUUUGUUAAGCCUAUGGACAUACAUUUUUCAGGAGAACUUGGAGUACAUGAGGGAGGACCUCGAAGGGAAUUUUUACGUCUUUUGAUGACAGAAAUAGCUCAGAGUCAAUUAUUUAUGAGAGACUGGUUUGCACAUGAUAUUACAUGUUUUCAGAAUAAGCGAUAUGAAUUAGCUGGAAAACUGACUGCAUGGAACAUUUUACAGGGCGGUCCUGGUCUAAAUAUAUUAUCUGUUGAUUUAUAUUACCUAAUGGCAGGACGUACAUACGACAAGUGCAAUAUCAUACAACUCAUUGAGCCGACCACACAGCACAUACUUAUGAGUUUAUACACUUGCGACUCUGAGCAACAGUUUUGUAGUUUCAAAGAACAAUGCAGUGAUCAUAUAAUCCAAUCUUGGAUAUCCUGCAAUUUACAUGGCUAA